AUGGCGCCGCGCAGACGAAAAUAUUGACCUGAUCUUAUUUCCCGUCAAAUUUCACUUAAUUGGUGGCCAACAAGGGCUAUUUCUGAAUAUUUUUACAUUCUAAAGUUGUUAACAUUCAGAUUUAGUCAAUAAUUGACUGAUUUUCUCUACUGACAGGGACUAGAGAAGCGGGAAUCGAACGUUUGAGGCCUGCCCCCCUCCCCACCAUUCACUGCAGCCAUGAAAAUGUUCACCUGUUCGUCAGCCAAGCUGUUGGCCCUGUUCAGCACAGAGAUGGCGCACACGUGUGCUUUCAGACGAUAUGUUCACGACGGUAGACUGAGAGUGUCCAACAUGUUCCAACCAAUGGCUACAAGACAAAGUAACGUGGCAGGGAAGGGGAAAGAGCUCACUUGCAAGAGUCAACGGCUGAUGUUGCAGACCGGUCUGAUCCGACAGGCCCACCCCGGGGCGUACCACCUGAUGGGGCCGGCGCUAAGGGCGGUGGAGAAACUGGUACGGCUGGUGGACCAAGAGAUGGCGGCCAUUGGAGGUCAGAAGGUCGAGAUGCCGACCUUGACCCCAGGAGAGCUGUGGAAAGCCACAGACAGAUGGGACACGAUGGGCACUGAACUGUUCAAGCUGCAGGACAGGCACAAGGCAGACUACUGCUUGGGUCCGACCCAUGAGGAGGCAGUGACAGAGAUAGUGGCAGCUCAAUCCAACUUGUCCUACAAGCAGCUGCCCAUCAAACUCUAUCAGAUAACAAGAAAGUUUCGGGAUGAGAGAAGACCAAGGUUCGGCCUUCUGAGAGGCAGAGAGUUCCUUAUGAAAGAUCUGUACACAUUUGACACCAGUGAGGAGACGGCUCGUGAGACAUAUGAGGGUGUCAGUCAGGCUUACAGCAGGGUCUUCAACAGGCUGGGACUCAACUAUGUCAGAGUUGAGGCUGACCCAGGUGACAUUGGAGGCAGCCUGUCUCACGAGUACCACCUGCCUGCAGAGGUGGGGGAGGAUCAGCUGCUCGUCUGUUCUCAGUGCAGUUUUGGAGCCAACAAAGAGGCCAUAGCUGAAAACCAGACCUCCUGUCCGUCCUGUUCCAGUCCCCUCACAGUCACACAGGGCAUCGAGGUGGGACACACCUUCUACCUGGGCACCAAGUACUCCUCUGUGUUUAACGCAGCCUUCCUCAACAACAAGGGGCAGCCACAGCUCUGUGAGAUGGGUUGUUACGGACUGGGCAUGACUCGCAUCCUGGCAGCUGCUGUAGAAGUCCUGUCAUUGGCUGACCAGAUCAGAUGGCCAGAGGUCAUUGCACCAUACCAUGUCUACAUCAUCCCUCCUAAGAAAGGAAGUAAAGAGGAAGCUGCCUCACAACUAGCCGAGGACCUGUAUGACAUCAUACCUCAACAACUACCUCAUCUCAGAGGAGAAGUCCUAUUGGACGACAGGAGUCACAUGACCAUAGGCAAAAGACUGAAGGAUGCUAAUGUUUUGGGAUACCCGUAUGUUGUAGUUGUAGGGAAACAGGCGCUGGAAGCAGACCAGAAGUUUGAGGUUAUUCACCAGACUGAAGAACAGACACAGACUCAUCAUGUCAGCAGGGAGGAACUACUACACUUACUGUCCAACUGUACUACUGUAUGA